CCGCACGCGGCACGCCUGUGAUGACUGCAGUCGAUGGUGUAGAACUGUCAUGCCUGUUUACAGUAUAAACUUUUCAAUAACCUAUUUUGAUGUUUUAGAUUUUUAUUCAAUUUGAUAAUAAUUCGACACUUGUCAAACUCAUAUAUUUGCAAUGCAUAUACCAAAACCUGUUCUUUUGGGAAGUGCCAUUGCUUCCUUAACUGGAUGUGUGUAUUUGCUCAAAGAUUACAAUGGUGGAGCAAAAUAUGAAGGCAAUGAAAAAUUGACUAAUAAAAUAGUUAUUGUGACAGGAGCCAAUACUGGUAUUGGAAAAGAAGUUGUUAGGGAUUUGGCGAAUCGAGAAGCUAAAGUAAUUAUGGCCUGCAGAGAUUUAUUCAAGUGUGAACAGGCUCGAGAAGAAAUAGUGUUUGAAUCAAAAAAUAAAUUUGUUUAUUGUAGAAAAUGUGACUUAGCAUCUCAAGAAAGCAUUCGAGACUUUGUCAAACAAUUUACCAAAGAAUUUCCCAAACUUCAUAUUCUUAUCAACAAUGCUGGUGUCAUGCGAACUCCACUCAGCUAUACCAAAGAAGGUAUUGAACUACAAAUUGGUGUUAAUCAUAUGGGUCAUUUUCUCUUGACCAACUUACUGCUAGAUACUUUGAAAGCUUCUGCACCAGCAAGAGUAAUCAACGUCUCUAGUUUAGCUCACUUUAGAGGAAGAAUCAAUAUAAGUGAUUUUAAUAGUACAGAAAGAUAUGAUCCAGGUGCAGCUUAUGCACAAAGCAAGCUUGCAAAUGUUUUAUUUACUGUAGAAUUGGCUAAAAGAUUAAAAGGAACUGGUGUAACUUCAAAUGCUGUUCAUCCUGGCAUUGUAGAUACAGAAAUAACAAGAUAUAUGGGUUAUUACAAUAGUUUUAUAAGUUCUAUAUUUUUAAAACCAAUUGUAUGGCCAUUUAUAAAAACUCCCAAACAAGGAGCUCAAACUAUUAUAUAUGCUGCAGUUGAUCCUAAACUAGAAAAUGUAACUGGGGAAUAUUUCAGUGAAUGCAAGAUAGCAGAAAAAGCUCCAAUUUGUAAUAAGGAAAAUUUGUUGUCUUGGUUGUGGAAAACUAGUGAAAGAUGGACGAAACUUCAACAAUAAUUGUUGAAAUUGUUUUGUAUAGAAAAUUGUACAUCUUGAUAAAAGUUAUUAAAAUUGUAUAGAAUCUUAUAAAACAUUCUAUUAAAGAAUUUUUCAGUUAUUUGAA